AUGAAUAAAUUUUUAUUAACUUUUAUUACAUUUAUUUUUUUAUCUCUAGUAAAUUCCCAACAAUCACCCAACUCAUGCACAUAUAAUGGUAUAGAUUAUUCAAAUUUAUUUUUAUCAAAUUCAUCGUACACUUCAAAUUCAACAGAUGGCAAAUAUACCUAUUAUUGGAACAUCUGCGGAGAAAGUAAAAAAUGUCUUAAUACUGGAUUUAGUGUAUGUUCAUAUGAUAACUCUGUCAUUAUUUUAAAUGGAAUCCACCCAUUAUACCUUUCCGGUUCAGUGGAUCAAGGUUCAUUUCGAACAGUAAAUGGUAACACAGUUUUGAUAUAUUCAACAAACGCUUUUCCUUGUAGUAACUAUAUAUAUCGUCAAACUGAAAUUACUUUAAUUUGUAGCAAUAGCAGUUUUUUAUACAUUAGUGAUGUAUAUGAAACAAAGUGUAGAUACACUGUUACAAUGACAGGUUUAGCAGCAUGUGGUAUAAAUGCCCCAAAUGUUACUAAUUCACCAACACCAUCUCCUCAAAUCGUAUGCAAAUUAAACGACUAUGGCCUAUUUGUAAAUAGUACAAGUCCAAUUUCAUGUACUGGUAUUGGCCAAACCAAAUGUCAUACCGUAACAGACUCACUCUCCGUAAGCUCAUCAGACUAUUUUACCUUUGAAACAAGUAGUGGCUCAAUUCAAUGCCUUGGUGAUAAUAUUGAAUGCACAACAGCCAAUGUUAAGUGUUCAAUUGAUCCAUCAAGCUACUACGGUUUAAAAGUCAAUGGCAAAGAAACCAAGCUAAACCAUUAUUACUCUAGCUCAAACUAA